AGAGGGCGGGCCGGCAUCCCAAACGGAAGGUGGUAGUCGCUGCCGGAGCUUGUUUGAAACUGGUGGUCGGGCUCGGCGGAGUGUGUGUGUAGCAGAGGAGUCGCUGGAGGGCUAGGCCGUUCCGGCGCGCCCCGGCCCCGCCUCCUCUCGGACUCGCUGACCCAAGCCGGGCUCCCCGCCCGUCUCGUGCCCCAGCCCGCCGCCUCUCCUGCCGGCUUUGCGGCCCAGCCGCCACCAUGUCCCUGCACGGCAAACGGAAGGAGAUCUACAAAUAUGAAGCGCCCUGGACUGUCUACGCCAUGAACUGGAGCGUGCGGCCCGACAAGCGCUUUCGCCUGGCGCUGGGCAGCUUCGUGGAGGAGUACAACAACAAGGUUCAGCUUGUUGGUUUAGAUGAAGAGAGUUCAGAGUUUAUUUGCCGAAACACCUUUGACCACCCGUACCCCACCACAAAGCUCAUGUGGAUUCCUGACACAAAAGGCGUCUAUCCAGACCUUCUGGCGACGAGUGGUGACUAUCUCCGCGUGUGGAGGGUUGGUGAGACAGAGACGAGGCUGGAGUGCUUGCUAAACAAUAACAAGAACUCAGACUUCUGUGCCCCCCUGACCUCCUUUGACUGGAACGAGGUGGAUCCUUAUCUUUUAGGUACCUCGAGCAUUGACACAACCUGCACCAUCUGGGGCCUGGAGACCGGGCAGGUGCUGGGGCGAGUGAACCUCGUGUCCGGCCACGUGAAGACCCAGCUGAUCGCCCAUGACAAAGAGGUCUAUGAUAUUGCGUUCAGCCGAGCCGGAGGGGGCAGGGACAUGUUUGCCUCUGUGGGUGCGGAUGGCUCCGUGAGGAUGUUUGACCUCCGCCAUCUGGAACACAGCACCAUCAUUUACGAAGACCCACAGCAUCACCCACUGCUUCGCCUCUGCUGGAACAAGCAGGACCCUAACUACCUUGCCACCAUGGCCAUGGAUGGAAUGGAGGUGGUAAUUCUGGAUGUUCGAGUUCCCUGCACACCUGUCGCCAGGCUGAACAACCACCGAGCAUGUGUCAAUGGCAUUGCUUGGGCCCCACAUUCAUCCUGCCACAUUUGCACCGCAGCGGAUGACCACCAGGCUCUCAUCUGGGACAUCCAGCAGAUGCCUCGGGCCAUCGAGGACCCAAUCCUGGCCUACACAGCUGAGGGAGAGAUCAACAAUGUGCAGUGGGCCUCCACUCAGCCUGACUGGAUCGCCAUCUGCUACAACAACUGCCUGGAGAUACUCCGUGUGUAGUCUCUGGCGACUCACCUACCGGGCCGGGGCUUGUGUGUUUCAGCCUCUGCCCCCUCCCUCCCCACGUAAGAAGAACAUGUUUCCAGUGGCCAGUAUGUCUCUUGUUGCUUUACACCCACUGUGUCCAGAAGCUGCUGUAGGAGUCCAGGCCAGUUGCCCCUCGCUGUCUGUGCAGGACUGUGCUGUGUGGUGCAUCGUAGCCCAGGGCUGGGUUUACGAUUUCUCUGCUUUCCUCUUCUUUGCUUCUUCAAUUAAACAUUUCUGUAUAUCUGUUUGUCAGCUGUUGUGUUCAUGAACAGUACAAGCACUGGCUCUGUCUGUCCGUGUGCCCCGUGUCUGUCUGUGUGUACUGCCCGAGGCAGCAGUCCAUGUCUUGUCCCAUCCAUGUCCAUGCUAGCACUUAAGUGGGAUCAAAUGCCAACUUCACAUUGUCUUUCCUCCUGGCAUCAGUGUCUUUUAACAAACCUCAACUUUGUAUAUUUAUCUAUCCGGCUAAUUUUUUUAUGAAAGGAAUUUCAUCUUCCUGGUUUCCUGGUUUUACAGUCCUCCCUCUUUGUACCUUCCUCUCCUCCCUCAGUGCCUGCAGUGGCUCCUGGUCCCCAGACCCCAAGAGCAGUUUGCUUCCCUGUGUCACUGCCUGUGCGGCACACCCUGACUGGGAUUCAGAACUGAUUGGUGCUCUCAAGGUUUCUGACUCACACCUUUCUCAGUCUGGGUCCUGAAGACUUGACAGGCCCAGGACAGACAUAGGAAGCCUCUGUUCCACCCUCCAGUUCCCCUCUCUGCUUCACUAAUGAGUACCCGGUGGAGCUAAGUGAGCAGCUGACUAGGGACCAGGCUGAGGGAGAACCAGUCCAGGAAAGCUGAUCUUAUGUUGUGUUUCCAAUACUUGCUUUCAGAAUCUAUUUCUCCCUUUUAGAACUUGAAUGAUAGGCAGGAAAGAUCUCUAAGCUAAGCUUCGGUAUUUGUUUGCUGAGUUCCCUCUGCCUGGUGGGAUUCUGGUCCAUCUCUGGAUUGAGUGCUGUGAAUGAGAGACUCCUGAGAGGUGCCGUCUGUCCUGACCCUGAACAAGACCUUUAGAUUGAGCUAGACAGGCAGUUCUCCUAAAGGCUGGGCUAAUCAGCUGUGGUGAUUCCAGGCCACCAAGUAAAUGGCUCCAAAGGAAUACUAGGCCCCAAGGCCAGUCAUCAAGAGUCUCUCCAUCUGGGACACUUGCCCACCCCUGAGUUUAGGUUCCGAGCAAUAUUGGACUUCGUAGGCUGCAGUUGGCUGUGCUGACCUCCAGGCCUCAGGUGUUUGUUUCCGUUACAUGAAUGGGUUCCAUGGAGGGGACUUGGAUGGUUCUGACUUUAGAUGAGUCCCUGGCAGAGUUUGGGACAUGCUUUAGGGUAAUUUUCUGCUGAGCUGCCUGAAGGUUUCUUAGAUUCUCUGACAUGAGGAGAGUAGCAGGCCUGAAUUGUAAUGAUUUGGCCACUUUGCUGGAGAAGUAAACAUUGACUCAUUGUUCUGUGCACAUGGACUCUCUGAGUCUUUGCUCGCUUCCUACAGCUGCUGCAGCUGUAUGCCCAAAGUCUGAGAUCGCUUUACUACAUAGGGGCUCGUCCCACAGGAAAGGCAUUUUCAGUCAGGGUGUUUCCCCUGGGCCUUCCUGAUUUGUCAUUCUGAUUUCUGGUCUCUGGCUGUCUGUCUGCUUGAGAUUAAUGUCCCUGCACUAGCAUGUGCUUUACCCUGCAUCAUUUACAGACAGAGAGCACAAAUUGUGAUUACCUCUGCUUUGAGUGGUGUUUGCUGGCUAGGACAGAGUCCUGGAGGGUGGCAGCCUUGCUAAUUCAGGUUGCUCCUGUAGGAGCCCCCAGUUUCUCCUGUGCUGAGUCUACAGUGGAAGUCAGGAGCGAUAGUAGGACCUGCUGGGAAGGGCCUCUGUGUUCUGAGUGGGCUUUAACUUGGGCUGGAUGAUGGGGUUUGUCAACUGGAAUUUGAAAACAAAGUUUUUAAGUUAGUAGUAGUUAUUAGAAUAGAUUUGAUUGAGGUAGCUCUGUGCUUUGGAAACAACCACAUGAUGAUUUUUCCCCUGCUCUGUGGACUUGUCAUCUUUCUUUAGCCUGCCUUCUCUGCCCUCCAUCUGGUCCAGGUAAAACUCUCUCUGUCUCCAUCUUCAAGUAUGCAUGCACCCACCGUUACAGGAGUGCUGGCAUUUUGAAGCGCCAGCUCCCUCACCCUCCUUUUAGAGCAUGGGUAGGUGGCCCUGUGGCUGAGGAAGAGAUUUCUGUAGCCUUGAGAUACAGAAAGUCGCUUAGUGUGCCAUCCUUCCGGAAGCACAGAUGUAUUAAAGUGUCAAAAGCCAGUCUGUUUAAAUUUGCAGUUCUUAGACUAACAGGGAGGUGGGUCAGGACCUCCAGAUGUGUUUUCCUCCAGGGGCUGUAGCUCCAGGCUCCGGCAUGGCUGCAGUGCUGUUUGGACUUGGCUCUGGCCUGUGCUUUCUGUGUGUGCUGGGUGGGAGGUUGCGUGCUCAGUCAGAUUAGCAGAGAGCUGAACUGCUGAGUGGGUCUGAGGCUUUUCCCCACAGGAGAUUGUAUCUCUCUGGAUGAUAAUUUUCUAUCGAAAUCAGAAUCGGAUCUCUGAGAACUGGCUAUAAUUCAGGAAGAACAGGAAAAAAAUCAGAAUCCUACAGUAUUUUGAUGAUUGUUACAGUUGAAAUUGGUAUUUUAGGGUGUAGGAGAAAAUGAGUUCUUGGGAUCAAAGGGGGAAAUAUUAGAGAACACAGAGGGGCUGAGGGGAGUAGCAUUGAGAGUCUCUCUCAUAGCUGUGAUGUGAGCCUGGACCUCAGCCGAGGCUGGCCUUCCAGUGCUGUUAAUGUGGCACUGGGUAACUAGGAAGAGGGUGACAGCUAGGGGCCGAGAGCCCUUCCUACAGCAGGGCUGCUAUAGGUGACGUCUGGGGGUUAAAUUCUAAGUAGGAGGGUCCCGUGACAGUACAUGAUGAUACUGUUGCCGUCUGUCUUUGAAUUUAGGAUCCUCUUAUUUCAGUCUCCUUGAGUGCUGGAAUCACAGGCCCCUGUCCCCAGCACCCAUGGUUCUUCUUGUAGAUCCCCCUCUUUCUUUAUCUUCCCUUUGCCCUUUCAUUUUUCAGUGUGUGUGUGUGUGUGUGUGUGUGCAUGCGCGCGCGCGGCCCUCACACGUGCUAGGCAAGGGUUCUACUGAACUGCACUCUAGCCUCUUCUCUUUUGUUUUUCUUUUCUCCUAUUCCUUUCCACUGUAGAAUGUUCUCCCCGAUGUAGCCUAGGCCCUAGGUUCCUAGACUGUAAGGACAUGGAGGACUCUGGAGUUUACCAAACUGCCCCGCACUUUCCUUAUUUUGAAAAUAGGGCAGUUCCUUUGAUCGCCUGGCUUAAGAUGGAGAGUACCACCGCAGUAGAGGCCUCAAAGUGAUGUUUCCUUAGAGCGGCGAUGAGGAAGGCGGAGAGUGCUUAGCAUUUAGGUUGGUUUUCUGAGAGAAGAGCUGACCUGAGCAGUGUCAUCAUGAACCCUAACGGGCUUUUCCAGAAUUGUCCUCUCUGCUCUGGGGAGGCUGCAGCUGAGUAUCUCAUGUCUCAGAGCUUGUUCACCUCGCCCCGCUACAUUCUCUCUUCCUCCCAUACUGCCAUUGCUGCUAAUGGUCAGAGUCAAGCAUGUGACAUUAUGGAAUGAACAAGCUUCUUGGGCUGCUAACUAGAUGGCACUUUUUAAAUAUGGAAACAUGCAGGUGCCUUCUCCCAAGAGGCUUGAACUAAUGUGUCAGCCAGAAACAAUAAGCUAAGGGAAGUUUGAACUCCAGAAGAAGGAUGUUGACAGUCUGUGUGACAGCUGGAAAAUGUACGAGCAGCCACCUUUGGGACAACUCAGUGAAGCCGAACUGUGCUGUAUACUAUUUGAAAGAAGUGUUCUCACUUGGCCUGAGUGGAAUGUCCACGUGUUAGGGAAACUGUUGACCUGAAGCUUUGAAUCGCUUUAGUCAAAUGACUCACUUGCUUUGGUCCCAUGUGUUUGUGACCCCUCCGUCAGUGGAUUUCCCUUGCCCUACCCUGUGUGUGACUUACAGCAUGAUUGUAUAAACCUCUAUGUAGAAAAUGGAGAUUUCCUGUUCUACACAAUGUUAAGCUCUAACUGGUCCGUUUCUGUGCCCUUUAGUCUCUGUGUGUGAACUUACUUUCUUAGAUAUUUAAACUUCCCUUCUAAAGCUUUUGUGGCAUCACUUGUUCAGGUGGAGAGGAAGCUGCCCCUUUGCAGAACUGUACUGUAACCAUGUCUCCUUUAUAAAUAUUACUUUCACAGGGCUGAUUGUAUACAGGGCUUGUAAUAAAAUAUUAACACUGUGCUGUGAAUGAGCUUAGGAUUCUCCACCGGAGGUGACUUGAAAAGCAGCCGUGAGUGGAGUGUUCUUUCUGUGACUUUUCUUCAUCCUACAUACAUUAAGUCUGUUUGUUCUGUUUCAGCCUCCUGUAUAAGAAGUAACAUAUUUUCUGCCCAUCAUACUUUGUAAUAAAACUUGAACAUGUAUAGAUUGAA